AUGGAUGAGUCUUUAAUUUUACCAAAAAACCGAUUAAAGAAUUUAAACUGUGCCUUUUUAUCUACUACCGAAUAUAUUGAUGACAAUGUGAAUGAUGAACAUAAAAUUUUUUCAAAUGGAAAUAAAAACUUGGAAAACGAAUCCAUUAAUUUCUAUAAGAAUGAAAAUAAUUACAUAAAAAAAAUUGAUAAUAUAGAAAAUAAUGGAAUAAAAGAUAGUAAUUUAAAACUAAUUACAAAAGAAAACGAGGAACGGACCUUUCUUCAUCCAGAACACAUAAGACAAAAGAACCUUGAAGGAUAUAAUGAAGAAUAUGUAAAUGUAAGUUUUCUAAACGAUUUAAUAAAAGUUCCUAAUGAGGAUAUACGUUUACGUCAAAAAGAUUUUUUUAUGAAAAAAUAUGACUUGUUACAUAAAGAAGGUGAAACAAAAAAGAGAAAUAACUAUGAGUAUAUAAAUCAAACCAACGAAUAUUAUAUAACAAAUAAUGUUGAAGAGAAAAUGCCUAACACUGGAAUUCAUAAUGGAAAGUUUUUUCAUGAUAAUAAUAUGUUACAAUAUGAAGAUGAUAUGAAAAAAUGGACAAAUAAAAGCAGAUACUUAUAUUUCAUAGAAAAGGAAAAAGAGAAGCAUGACAAUGAAAAAACUACAAAAUUUAAAAAUAUAAGUUUUAAUAAUUCAUUAAUAGUAGAUAAAUAUGAAAAAAAUGUUUACAAACAUGUUCUAAGGGAUGAAACAAAAAUUGAGAACUUAAUAUUAGAUGUCCUAAAUAGAAAUUUCGAGACAGUUAUAGAAUCGGAUGAAGAUGAAAGGAACAAGGAUUCUAUUAUAUAUAUGCCAAAUAAGGAAAAAAACGUUAUAGUUCGAAAGAAAGUUGAUGAAUUGAACAUAAGGAAGAAAACCACAAUUAAAAAAAAACAUGAACCUAUUUUGGAUUACCUACAUUAUGAAAACUUUUUUAACGAUGAUGAUAUAAAUAUUUCAAUAAAUUCAGUGUCGGAAAGUAUUGAAAAUAGCCAAGAUAUGGAUAAAAAGAGUUUAAUAUAUAAUGAAGAGAAAAGAGAAGAAUUUGAAAUAAGAGAUAAUAUUAACAUAUUAUUGAAUAAAGUUAAAAAUGAUUUAUAUACAAAUGAUUUUACACGUUUUAUUCCUGAUCAAUUUGAUACAGAUAUAUUUUUAUAUAAUAAUGGAAAUGGUAAUUAUGAAGAUUUGGGUAUUGAAAAGACCGAUGAUGUUCUAAAACAAACUACUAUCGAAAUGAAUCAACAAAAAAUGAAUCAGGAAAGAGAACUCUUAGAAAGAUAUAAUUAUGUAGACAGUUUAUAUUCUCCUGGUUAUUAUACAAGAAUUACACAAAAAUUAAAGAAGCAGAAAGAGAAGAAAAUUAACAUUUAUGAUCUUAAAAAAAUCAAAUUUUAUGAAAAAAUCAAGGAAGAGAAAUUACAAAAUGAUAGAAUGAAAAAGGAAGAAGAAGAUCUAAUAAAGAUGAGAUUAGAACAAUCCGAAGAUCUGGAUAAUGACGUAAAUUUAGAUGAACAUAAAAUUUCACUAGAAAAUAGGGAAAAUGUAUCAUUAAGAAAGAUAAUGGAUAAUAUAAAAUUAGAAGGAUUAAAUAAUGAUAUGGAUGAGGAAGGUAGCGAAAAGGAAGAUACGUAUGUUACGGACAGUUCUAUAAAUUUCGAAACUCUUAAUAAUAGAGAUUUAGAAAAUUUAAAGAAAAAAUAUAAAGUCAUGUCAAAGAGUAAUCGUGUUUUUGAAGAAGAUUUAAGAAGAUUAAAAUUUUAUAUUUGUAAAAGAUUAAAUAAGAAAAAACAUAUAUUCAAAAGCGUCGUUAAGGAUGUAAAAGCCAAAGAAAAAAAAAAAGAAAAAAUAAAGAAAAUUAUACAAGUUUCAAAACAAGCUGGAUUUUCUUUGUUAGCAAAAAUACACGGAGAUACGCAUAAAAGUUAUGAAGAGAAAAAUGUUGAAUCAGAUCAAUUGGAUGAAAGUGAUUUAUUCAAUAAUGCAGAUAAGAAUGCUUCUGAAUUGAACAGCUCAGCAUAUACGUAUUCUUCAUUAACAAUAUCUUCAUAUGAACAUAUGAAUAUACGAAAUAUACAUUAUAACGACAAUACGAACGAAAAAUUAUUUUAUGUAAGGGAUCCAUCAAUAAAUAUAACUUACCUUUACGACAAAGUUAAUUUCUUUCUUAUUCAAAAUAAAGCUAAAAUAAAUAAGGGAAUUUUGUUUAUGGAAUUGCUUUUAUAUGAUAUAAAAUUUUAUCACAAUAGCAGUAUGAUAGAUGAGAAUGCUUUAUUAUACGUAUUUAAUAUAAAUGAGAAUACUAUGGUUGAAAAAAUAAAAAAAAAAAAUCAGUUAUGUGAAUUAAUAUUAAAGACAGUUAAUAAGAAUAAGAUUUCAUUUUCUUGUUCCAUAUUAAAACAAGGAAAAGACCUAGAAUUAAUAUGUAAUAAAAUAAUUAAAAGAAUAUUAAUGGUAAAAUAUAUAAAAUAUUUUGAAUCUAAAUCAUUGAUGAUUCUUGACAAUGCAAUUAAUUUUUUUUUAUAUGAAAAAAUAUUAGAUUUACAAAAUGUACCUUAUGAUAAAAUAGGAGAUGGUAUCAUAUCAUUAUAUAUACAAAAUACAUCUAGUGUAGGUAUUAUAGAUUUUUCAAAUAGAUUUAUGAGUAUCCAGAAUUUAAAUGAAUAUAUGGAUUUUGCUAAAAUUACACAUUGUAAUAAAUUAUAUUUAUCAAAAAAUCCUUUAUUUUCUAAAUUAUCAUAUGAUAUAGUUAAAAAAGAUAUUGAUGGAGUUAUAAUACAUUUAAAAAAUAUGAAACUAACAGAACUUUAUUUAGAUUUUAUAGAUUUAUCAAAUGCCUGUGGUGAAUAUAUUAUUUCUAAUAUAAUACAAAAAACAGAAAUUUCUUUUCUGAGUUUAAUGAACUGUGGAUUAACUCAUGACAACAUAACAAAUAUUAUAAAUAAUAUAAAAGAAAAUGAAAACAAAUAUAAAUCUAGUAAUAUUCAUUAUUUAAAUGUUGAAUUUAAUAAAUUAAUAUACUAUGAUGUUGUAUCAUUAAUUAAAAUUUUAUCUAAAUUGAAUAAAUUAUUUAAAAAGAUCUAUAUUUAUGGAAACCUUAUACAAACGGAUAUAUUUGACAUAUCCUUUGAAUUUAAAAGAAACUUAUCAAUAAUAGAAGUAAAAAAAUAUUGUAAACAUGUACCAAAUGUUUUUAAUUUAAAUAAUAUUAAAGAAAUAAAGGAUUAUUUUUAUUGUAAUUUGAGAGGCUUUGCUGAAACUUUCGAAGAUGAUAAAAUUGUGUAUUUAUAUUUUGAGCUAUAUAGUUGUUAUAUGUAUGUUUAUAGUCCAGAAGAAAGAUUAUAUAAUAUUAAGAAAAUUUCCCUUUUAAAAAAAGAGGAAUCCCCAUUAAUAAUAAUAGGUGCGUCCCUUAAUAAUAAGGAGGUAACAAUACGUAUGAAGGUGUUCAAGUUGAAUAUAGCAAAAUUAUUUAAUAUAUUGGUAAAUGACAGUUUCCUUGGACGGACGUAUUGUUAUGAGCAAAUAAACAAUAAUAGAGAAAUAAAUAGAAAUGUCCUAAAUUAUUUUAUAUUUAGAGGUGAAAAUGAAAUACGAUUGUACGAUUAUAACAUAAGUAGAGAAGAUAUACAAUGUGUCUUUAAAUUGUGUAAAGAUAAGAUUGUAAAAAAUAUCAAUCUGAAUUAUUGUUAUAUGUGUAAUGAUGAUUUAUCAUAUUUUAAUUCUUUAAAAGAAUAUCCUUAUGGUAUAAAAGUAUAUAAAUUAUCUCUAUGCAAUAAUUUGUUCAACUCAAAUAUGAACUUACAGGACUUUUUAAAUUUCCUUUCAAAUUUUAUAAUAUACUUCAAAAUAGAUUUAAGUAAUAUGAGUAUUGGUAAAAAUCCUUUAAUCCAUGAGCUUCUUUUUUAUCUCAUAAAUAACACUAUGUGUAAAAUUAUAAUGUUGGACAACUGUAAUUUGGAAAACCCUUUUUUAAUAAGCGUGAACAAAAAUAUUGAUCAAUUAAAUGAGAAUAAUUAUUUGACCUUAUUAUCUUUGAGAUAUAAUUAUUUUAGUAGUGUUAAGGAAUUAAUAAAAUUUGUAAACAAUUUAAUAUCGAAAUGUAAAUCCUUAAAUACGAUUCGUAUUUAUAUUAGUAACUUUAGUGAAGAUGAUAUGAAACUUAUAGAAAAAAAUAUAAUAAAAAAAGAUAUAUUAUCAUUUAUAAGUACUUAUGCUUUAAUACCUAGUAUUAAAAAAUUAAAAAGAAAAGUCCUAAAAUUAAAUAAAUAUAAAAUUAAUAAGGAUGUCGAAUAUAAUACUGAACUAACUGAACGUGAAAAGAAACUUAUUGAACAAUUUUUUGAUAGACAAAAUAUAAAAACUGAUAAAGAAGAAAAAAAAGAUGAUUUGAACACAUUAAAUAGAUAUAAUUUAAAUGAUAUAAAAAAUAGGAAUAUUAAAUAUAAAUUUAAAAACAAUAAGAUAUGA